AUGCAGCGUCAAAAACUACCCAAGCACUCCAGAAUAUCUCAUGUCUGCGACAUUUGCCGCCUGCGAAAGCUGAAAUGUAGUAAAGAAAAACCCUCGUGUAAGCGAUGCGCUAAACAUGGACUAAAAUGCGUCUACACUCCGUACCGCCAGAAAGGUCACGAGCCUGCAUCCGUUGAAGCGCUUGAAUGUGAGCUGCAAAGCCUCAGAGCUCAAUUGGCUGCAUCUGCGAGUUUGUCUGCAGACGAGUCAUGCGAUUCCGAGCAGUCGACGAAACAGUGUGUCAUUUAUUGGGACGGGCUGGUCUCUCCUAUUAACGUCAAUGGCGUAUGGAAAUCACAUUUCGCGCCUUACAGCGAUUUAGCGCUGUUCGCUCGUGAUCCUCUUCUGAGAGGUCAAGUGGCAGAGUUAUUCGAGCAAGAAGUUGCGUCCCCACCACAAAUGAACCCACAAUUGAACACAGAUCUUCUGAUCACAAUUAGAACAAUACUCCCCAACCAACAAAUCUUAGACAAGACAAGACUUGUCUUUGAAUCAACAAUUUACCCAAGUUAUCCUUUUUACAACUUGGAAGCGUUUAAUCAAUUUUUCGAUAAAAUUGUAACAAAAAAAUAUACUCCAUUUGAAGACGAUCCUAAGUCUUUUUGCUUCUUGAUCUUGAUGCUUCUUAUGUUGUGUCUAACCAAAAACCUCGUUCUCGAACCGAAACUCUUACUUGAAUGGACAGAACAUUUGCAAAUUAUGAAUUCAGUCAACGAAGAAAACCUGGCUUGCUUACUAUAUUUGAAGCUUUACUCUAGCCCUCUUACACUUUCUCUAUAUUCCAAGGACAGGCUUUCCGACUGUAUCAGUAGGAUGGCUUUGGAAAUGGGUUUGUAUUCAAGUGCAACCUAUCUGGAAAACAACGAAUUGAGAGAGAAGCUAUGGAUGGGCAGUGUAGUUCUUUUGGAACCUACCGCCUUUGAUGACUAUUACACCAACCAAUUCAACCGGAGUGUUUUGCCCUCUGAUAUGCCGCUGUUUAUGAAGUAUCACUUCCAAUUGAAACAAUCAAAAAUCUGGAAGUGUGUUAUGAACUCUUCAAGUGAAAUAGACAGUGCUAUGUCGACCUUGAAGAGAUACAACAAUUUUGAGAUCAGGCUGACAAACGACCCCUCGAUCACAACUAGCAGUGAUCUAGCUGUUAUGAGCAUGGAGCUCAACUUGCUCAUGAUGCGAUUCUUGCAGUCCGAGGACCAAUCGCUUGAGGACGAAACAUUAUUGUUUUCUAUGCAAAGUUCUUUCGAUACUCUUUUCGAAGCUCUAAUGGCAUUCACAAUGGCAACCGGGAGUCACCAUCUCCACUUGGCUCAAGUCAGUUUUACGCUUAAAACAGUGGCCGCAUAUGUGCUGGGUAUGUAUCCAAGGCUGAGAGAGAAUCAAAUCACUUGCAGAAUCAAAAAUGUUGAGUCCAAAAAUAAGCUUGCUCUUCACCUUCGGAACAGAUUUGAGACAGUAGCUCAAAUGUGGUCAAUACACUUUGACUGGUGCCUUCAUGUAACCAAAUUACUGGACAAUGUCGAAAAACCCAUUAAAAAUCUGGCUGAACUGUCCGAUAAUUUAGUUAAAGACGUCCACUCAUCUGACUUAUUUUAUGAGCUAAAUGAGUCAAUGCUUAACGGGGAUAGCGAAUUUAAUGUUGACAUCGACACCUUUUCUCCGCCGCUUUCCCACGAUUCCAUUGAGACCAUUUUUACCGAGUCCUUGGCUAGCUUUAGCGAGCCAUUUGAUCUUCUUGGUUCACAAACGCUAUCCAAAUCAACUAGUGCUUCUAGCGAUAACAAGACUGACUUCGACUUUGAUGCUUUCUAA